AUGGAAAAGAACACAUUUAAGUUUCUCAUCGAAACGCAUGAAUUGCAGGAUCUUAUAAAGAGUAAAAAAGAACAUUUGCUUUUUGAUACGAGUUGGUAUAACACAAAAAUUGGUAGAAAUAAAGAUUGUUAUUAUGAACAUGAUCAGGUAGAAAAAAUCGAAGGAAGCAUCAAUUUUAAUUCGGUAGUCACAUCAAAUGAAAAUUUGAAUUUUUCUUUUUUCUUUCCAAGCCAAGAUGAGUUUUUCGGUUAUCUAAAAAAAUUAUUGAUAACAAAUGAAAUUAACAUAAAAAAAAAUUCAUUAGAAAAUGUGCCAAUAAUUUUUUAUGAAAAAGAUGAAAUAUUUUAUGCUCCUAGAAUUUGGUUCAUGUUUAAAAUGUAUGGGUUUCAAACCUUAUACAUUUUAAAUGGCGGUUUGAAUAAAUGGCUGAAUGAGCAAAGAGAUGUUAUAACAAUACGUGAUCAAAUAGAAAGUGAUACACAAAUUUGGGGCAAUGACAAUAAAGUUAAACAAGUUGACAAAAUAAUAAAAGAACAUAUAGAAAAAAAUAAGGAACACAUAAAUGACAACUUGAAAAAUAGUAUAUACAGUUAUUCUCAUAUAAAUAACUUUAUUGUAGAAAAAGAGAAAGAAAAUGGCAAUGUGAAACAUUUUGUCUUAGUUGAUACCAGACCUAAUAAAUCUUUUAGUGCAUUGCUAUCUAUUAAUGAAAAGGAAAAAGUAAAUAAUUUCAUCCCAUUUUCAAUUAAUAUACCUUAUCAUUAUUUUAUAAACAGUCAUAAUCAAAAUUUAAAAUAUUUCACAUUUAAAAAUGAAUUAGAAAUAAGGAAAAUAUGUGACAAAUAUGAACUAUUAAAUGAGGACAAGACUAUCAUAUCGACAUGUAACAAAGGUAUUAGUGCUUGUAUUUUACUAUUCCUUUUACAUAUGCUAAAUAAGCCACUCCCUAAGUUGAUACUAUACCAUGGAAGUUUCGUCGAUUACAAGUACCAUACAUAUUCCCUUUUGUAA